CUGCGAAACGCGCGCGAGGGAAAGUGAGACGCUGAGGUGGGCGCUGCGCUGAUUGGCUGAGCCGGAGCGAGCCAGAAAGAGACGAAGGAGAGAAGCCGGCCGGUGGGAGUCCGCAGCCAGGGAGGCCCGGAGGAGCCGCCGCCGCCGCCGGGCCCAGUCGGAUGCGGGAGCGCGCAGGUGGGCGUCGCUGCUGCCCCCGCUCGCCGUCGCCAGCAUGAGGGCGCCGGGCCCGGCCUCGCUCCUCUUCCCGCCGCGGAGCCCCCCCAGCAGCCCCCGCCGCCGAGAGACUGCCCGGCGCGCCGCCGCCGCCUCUGCCGCUCUCUAGCAGGAGCCCCGACCCGCUCCCGGGGCCGCCGCCGCCGCCGCCUCCGCCUGGUCCCUGCUGCGAAGUCUCUUGGCCGCCGCCGCCCCGAGGACCAGCCGCCGCCGCGCCCCCUGCCCCGCAGCCAUGGCGACCCCGGAACCCACCGCCACUGGGCUGGGCCUGCUCCUCACCAGCGGGGCCGCCGCCUCCCCCUCCACGGCCGCCGCCGCCGCCGCCUCGGGCCCCUUGGUGGCCUUCCUGUGGAUGCUGAUCCUGGGCUUCGUCAUCGCCUUCGUCCUGGCCUUCUCGGUGGGCGCCAACGACGUCGCCAACUCGUUCGGCACCGCGGUGGGCUCCGGGGUGGUGACCCUGCGCCGCGCCUGCAUCCUGGCCUCGGUCUUCGAGACGCUGGGCUCGGUGCUGCUGGGAGCCAAAGUGAGCGAGACCAUCCGCAAGGGGCUCAUCGACGUGGAGAUGUACAACUCGACCCAAGAGCUGCUCAUGGCCGGCUCCAUCAGCGCCAUGUUCGGUUCAGCUGUGUGGCAACUAGGGGCUUCAUUUUUGAAACUUCCCAUUUCUGGUACCCAUUGUAUUGUGGGGGCAACAAUUGGCUUCUCGCUAGUUGCCAAAGGACAGGAGGGAGUCAAGUGGUCAGAGCUGCUCAAAGUGGUGCUGUCUUGGUUCGUCUCUCCUCUUCUUUCUGGUAUCAUGUCUGCUGUCCUGUUCUUCCUUGUCCGUAUGUUCAUUCUUAGCAAGGCAGAUCCUGUUCCAAAUGGAUUACGUGCGUUGCCCAUCUUCUAUGCUUGCACAAUUGGGAUCAAUCUCUUUUCCAUCAUGUACAGUGGUGCACCUUUGCUGGGCUUUGACAAAAUUCCCCUCUGGGGCAUCAUCCUCAUUUCAGCGGGGAGUGCUGUUGUCUGUGCUCUCAUCGUCUGGUUCCUUGUCUGUCCGAGAAUGAAGAAGAAAAUUGACCAAGAGAUCAAACCGAGCCCUUCCGAAAGCCCCUUGAUGAAGAAGAGCAAUCUGAAAGAGCAGGAUGAAGCAAAGACCGUUGUGGAUAACAGAGUGUCCGCAGCUGCCAGUGAUGGGCGUCCCAGCUCUGAAGUUCCUGCUGAAGUCCCUCACCGAGCAACCCUGGAGGAGAGGGUGGUCUCCUUCAACCUGGGAGACUCCGAGGAGAUUCCAGAGCACCAGAGGCUUCCCAGGGUAGAUGUGAAGGAAACUACCAUUGACAGUGGAGCCAUGCAGCUUCCCAAUGGGAGCUUUGUCCAGUUCAGCCAUGCUGUCAGCAACCCGAUGGGUUCUAGCGGGCACUACCACACCGUGCACAAGGAUUCUGGCCUCUACAAGGAGCUGCUUCAUAAGCUUCACCUGGCCAAAGUGGGUGACUGCAUGGGCGACUCCGGAGACAAGCCCCUGAGGCGCAACAACAGCUAUACUUCCUACACCAUGGCCAUCUGUGGCAUGCCUCUGGAUUCACUCCGGGCAAAAGACGUGGAGCCCAAAGUGGGGGACGAGACCGAGAAGCUGGCCUGGCCUGGCCCCGACUCCAAGAAGAGGGUCCGCAUGGACAGUUAUACCAGCUACUGCAACGCCGUGGCAGACGCUCACUCCACCACUGUGGACUUGCGAGAGGCAGAGCUGGGCCCCGGAAGCAGGAAGGGCAGCAGCAGCAGCUCUCUGGAGGAAUGGCACGACAAGGACAGGCCCGAGGUGUCUCUGCUCUUCCAGUUCCUGCAGAUCCUCACAGCCUGCUUUGGAUCCUUUGCUCACGGGGGGAAUGAUGUGAGCAACGCAAUUGGUCCUCUCGUGGCCUUGUACUUGGUCUACGAAACGGGUGACGUGUCUUCCACGGUGGCAACUCCCAUUUGGCUCUUGCUGUAUGGAGGUGUUGGAAUCUGCAUCGGCCUGUGGGUCUGGGGGAGAAGAGUCAUCCAGACCAUGGGGAGGGAUCUGACCCCCAUUACGCCAUCUAGUGGCUUCAGCAUUGAACUGGCAUCUGCUUUGACGGUGAUAAUUGCCUCCAACAUUGGCUUGCCUAUCAGCACCACCCACUGCAAAGUGGGCUCCGUGGUCUCGGUGGGCUGGCUGCGCUCCAAGAAAGCGGUGGACUGGCGGCUGUUCCGCAACAUCUUCAUGGCCUGGUUUGUCACAGUCCCCAUUUCCGGGCUCAUCAGCGCUGCCAUCAUGGCACUGCUCAAGUACCCCAUCCUGGGAGUGUGAAACAGAUGUGCCGGGAAGCCAGUUUUCUCCGCUUUGCCGCGCAAGCCCCGUCUUCCUAUCCUUGCCAAGCGGCUGGACCAGUGUUAGAGGGAGGGGAUCCACCGAGGAAUGCCCCGGGGGUGGGCGGCAGGGCCUCUCUGUGCUGUGCCUGCUUUUUUGCCUGAUCCCUUGUCUUAAACUAGAGAAGUCCCACUUCGGCUGGGCUGUGGAGUGUGUGUCUGCGUUUCUAGACUGUUUUGUAUUGAGCUUUAACUUCAUAAUGUUGUCAAAUGUAUCAUUCUUGUUCUUUGAGCUGAGCCUCACACUUGGCAAGCACAAGGAGGGGGUGGGGAGUAGAAUAGCAGAACUGUAUGUAUUGGGGGGGCCACUUUUAUAAAUAAAAUCUUUUUAAAUAUAGAA